UGUGUUCUAUGAUAUUUCCUUUUUUAAGACUGUAUCUCUAUCUUAUGGCAGAACCAGGGGGAACCUGUAAAACAGAUGAUCAACCGGUGACCGAGACCUGACCGGGACCAUACUAUAGAGUGUAGGUUGGAGAAUUUUCCGCAAGUGACUAGUUUGUUUAUUGCGGUUUAUUGGAUCUGCAUCAAGAUUCAAGCAAUGGUUGAUGUGAAGAGUUAUUGCGAAUAAGAGAAUCAAUUUAUUUAAGUGAAAAUGGGAAAUCAGUUAGUUGGGAUAGCCCCAUCUCAAAUAUUUCCCGUUGAACAUUACCUGACUGAACAUGCGGAUUUACAGUUUGAUGUCAACUUGGGGAGUACACGAUUCUUUAAAGUUGCAAGAGCACGAUCCUCAGAAGGAUUAAUCGUGGUAAAAGUGUUUGCCAUUCAUGACCCUACAUUGCCCUUAUCAACUUACAAAGAAAGGUUGGAAGAAAUUCGCAAUGAAUUGCAAUCUGCAGUUAAUUGCUUACCAUUUCAAAGAGUACUGCUAACAGAUAAAGCAGGUUUUAUUAUGAGGGAAUAUGUGAAAUUCAGUCUUUAUGAUCGCAUUAGCACUCGUCCCUUUCUCACCACUAUUGAGAAGAAAUGGAUUGCAUUCCAAGUCUUGUAUGCUCUACAUCAAUGCCAUAAAGUUGGUGUAUGCCAUGGUGAUAUAAAAUUGGAAAACAUCAUGAUCACAUCAUGGAAUUGGAUUCUUCUGGCUGACUUCGCUUCUUUUAAACCAACAUACUUACCUGAAGAUAAUCCUGCCGAUUUCUCGUAUUUUUUUGAUACAUCUAGGAGACGUACUUGUUACAUUGCCCCAGAGAGGUUUAUUAAAACAUUAAAUUCAGAGGUUUCAAGCACUUUACUUCUGCCUGAGGAUUCUUUAAAGAAAGGUGAUUUAACUCCAGCAAUGGAUAUUUUUUCAGCAGGUUGUGCAUUACUUGAACUUUUCAAUGAGGGUCAUCCACCAUUUGACUUUUCUGAAUUAUUGGCAUACCGAAAUGAAGAGUCGGCCUCAAGAAACGUAUUGAAACACCUUGAAAAAGUGGAGGACCCUGAAAUGCGAGCACUCUUCAAAAGCAUGAUUCAAAAAGAUCCUACAAAGCGAUUAUCAGCGGAAUUGUACUUAGCACAGCAAAGAGGAGUUGUGUUUCCGGAAUACUUUUAUUCCUUCCUUCAGUCUUAUAUGCUAAUCUUUUCUGCAGUUCCUAUUGUAUCUCCUGAUGAGAAAAUUGCCAGGUUAAAGAAAGAUAUAGGAAACGUUGUAAAUAUACUUAAACCUGGCAGUGAAGUGAACAAAGAAAGUUAUGACAAAAAUGAGGAAGAAAAAAAUGAUUCAGAAAGUAGUAAUUCUAGCUCGGAUGGCCUUGUGAUUAUUACUUCUCUUGUUACUUCUUGUAUUAGAGGUUUACAUCAUUGCACAUCGAAGUUGCAAAGUCUUGAUAUAUUAUUGGAGCUGUCUUCUCAUGUUUCUUCUGAAACAAUAUUAGAUAGAAUUUUACCAUACAUUUUUCAUUUUGUCCACGAUUCAUUUCCUCGUGUUCGUGUUCGUGCGAUUGAAACUCUUACAAAAUGUCUGGCAUUAGUGAAAGCUGUUCCGUGUAGUGAUGCAAAUGUUUUUCCUGAAUAUGUUUUACCUGGACUAGCAGCAGUAACACAUGAUGACUCAGUAAUUGUUCGGGCAGCAUAUGCAGAAAAUAUAGCUCAGUUAGCUGAAACUGCUUUAAAAUUUUUGGAGAAAAGCCAAAUAUUGAUGUCAUCCCACGGAGAUGGUCCCAGACCCAGUUAUGAAAGUGAAUUACAGACACUGCAUGAAAUGAUUCAACAGACUGUUUCAACAUUGCUGACUGACCAGCAAAAUUUAGUCAAGCAAACAUUAAUGGAGAAUGGGAUAACUAAACUCUGUGUAUUUUUUGGAAAGCAGAAAGCGAAUGAUGUAUUGCUGUCUCAUAUGAUAACAUUUCUGAAUGACAAGGAAGACAAGCAACUUAGGGGAACAUUUUUUGACUGUAUUGUUGGUGUGGCUGCUUAUGUGGGAUGGCAUAGUUCACCUAUCCUGACACCACUUUUACAGCAGGGAUUAACUGAUCCAGAGGAGUUCGUUAUGACGAAAGCAAUAAAUGCAAUGACUGCAUUAACAGAAUUAGGACUACUUCAAAAGAGUGCUCUUUAUGAACUACUUGCAGAAACUGCAUGUUUCCUUGUUCAUCCAAAUCUCUGGGUUCACCAGGCUAUUGUUGGGUUCAUCAGUGCCAUGUCACGAAUUCUCAACCUGGUAGAUGUGCAAUGUAAAGUUAUGUCUGUUAUAAGACCAUAUUUGAAGUAUCAAGUUAUUCAGGCAGACAAAGAGGUCAUCCUAUUAAAUGCCCUUGUUCCUCCUGUUCCAAGAAUUGUAUAUGACAGUAUGAUCAAAUGUCAAGAUAUAAAUUUGCUUCUGCAAACAUUGGAAGAUCGUCAGAAGGCACGAAGUCUUGUGCGUGCUGGACACAUUCCUCAAUAUAUAGAACCACCAGUGUCUUUAAGAAAUUUAUUUCGACGCCUGUCUUCAGAAGGUAUGGAUGAUACUGUUGAAGAUCAACUCCUUGCCAUGGCUCCACAUUUACAAAAAAUCCAUCGCCAUCGAAGUAGUAUAGAAGCAAAGAUGGGAGAAAACAGAAUAUCAGAUGGAAAAAUUGAAUUACGGAUGUUGAGAAAUACACCACAACACUUCUCCAUUUCUUUGAAUGCUGGAUCUGGAAACAAGCCUGAACUUAUUCUUCCAAAUCGAAAGAAAAACAUUAAGAAAGGUCCUUCGUGUGACCCUCAUAUGUCAGUGAAUGAAGAUUGGCAGACAAUGUUUGGGUCUUCAGACAUUCAGAGUCCCUCCCAUCUUUCAGAUGGGAGUAGUAUAUCCCCACCCGGUGGGAGUCUCCUCAGUGACGUUCACACCUCUCCUCAGUACAGCCUCGAUGCAGAUCACAGCCUUCAUGAACGGUCUUACAUCCAGUAUCGAUGCGCUCCUUGUCGCUUGGAGCUGCGAAAAUUGUUAUUGCGAAAGCAAGAGAUGUAUAGCAAUGCUGUGAGGGGGCCUGAGUGGCCUGACAAUGCUGUAUGGGAGACUCCUAUCCCUCCUCCAGGAUUAGUUUCAAUCCCAGAAAGUGCCUUAUUUGCCAGCUGUUCUUCAGAUGGAUGUAUCAAAAUUUGGGAUUGUGGUAAAAUGGAAGGAAGAAAUAUUGCAAACCGAUCAAGACAAGUACAUAACCACCAAUCUGGCCCCUUAAUUGGCCUAACAGUGUGUGAUAGCAAUCAAUCUUUGGCAGCUGCAUCCUUGAAUGGCUGCAUUUUUGUUUUAAGAAUUGAAGUGAAUAGUAAUAAAAUGGUUGUAUUGCAAUCCAGACAAUUAGAUCUUCAAGAAGAUGGAUGUGCUGUUGACAUAAAUUAUUUUGAUUGUGGUUCUCAAUCAGUGAUUGUAUAUGCAACUAUGUAUGGUUCCAUUGUGGGUUGGGAUUUACGCUCUCCUGGAACAGCUUGGAAAUUAGACAAUGAUUUGAAGAAUGGUGUAAUUACUUCAUUUUGCUUGGAUUCUCAUCAAAGCUGGCUCACAUUAGGCACAAGUAGUGGAUGCCACAUAUGUUGGGAUUUGAGAUUUCAGUUGCCAAUUUCUUCCAUUGUUCAUCCUACAGGUGCUCGUGUUCGUCAAUUAAUUAGACAUCCCACUGAACCAUCUUGGGUUCUCUCUGCAGUACAAGGCAACAAUGAAAUUUCCAUGUGGAACUUGGAAACACAGUUUCGUCAGAGUGUCUUAUGGGCCAGUACGGCCCCUCCUUUAUCACAUACUCAGGUUAAUGCUCACAGUGUAUGUGCAAUGUAUGGAGGAAGUGUUGAUCGUUCUCCAUUUGUGUUUGCUGGUGGAAGUGAUAUGAGAAUCCGAUUCUGGGAUUUAUAUUCUCCCAGUGAAUCUUAUUUUGCUGUACCUGCAGCUAAUGAUUCUCUAGCACCUUCAUCUGUUGCUUAUAAGUCUCGGUUAAUAGAUGGUACAAAUGUAAUUCAAGAAAUUGCUGCUAAGCCACGUUCUAGUCAAAGUGGGAUGAGUUCUCAAAGAGAAGAGACACCUCGACCAGGCCCUGAGCAGCCACAACCAGGCCAUCAUGAUUGGAUCAGUGCUCUCACCAUGUGCCAAGCCUCGCAAUGUUUCUUGUUGUCAGGGUCGCGUGAUGGAGUAAUUAAGGUAUGGAAGUAGUUGGGAUCUUGUGUUAAAGACUGAAAAUACUGUUAUAUAGUAUUUCAAGUUCUUUUGUUUUAUGAAAAUGAUCUUUUCAUACAUACUAAAAACCAAUGCUAUUUUAAGAGCAAGGGUAUUAUAUGUAUGAUAUAUUUCAUAUUGUACAUAAUGUUUUGUAUGUAUGUGUGUAAAUAUAUAAAUAUAUUUGUAAAUUAUAAUUUUUUAUGUGAGGUGCAAUUUUUGUACAUGAGAAAUGUAUUGUAACUUGGAGAAAAAAUGUAAUAAUAUUCUGCUUAUUACUACGUUUCUCUAAUGUCAAAACUUUAGUAAAAGUUUUAAAGUGCAUCACAUUUUGCUUAAGAUGUAGUACUAUAAGUUCAAAGUUGGUAAAUUUGAUGUGAUUGAAUUUUUUAAGAGGUACUUAUACUCAGUGAAUUCAUUGGGAAGAGCAAAUCACUCAAAUCUGUAAUAUACCGUCGAAGUCUAGUUAAUAUUUCAUUCAUUCUAUUUGUUCAAGUAUAGAAGCUGGCUUGAUAACAAAUUAAAUUUUUGAUUUCUCAUCACAUGAUACUGGAAAAUUCAUAUAGCCAUUCCAGUGUAACUGUUAAUAAUUCAAAAAUUGUAGAGUGAAUGUGCUCUUGGAAACUAUAAAAAAGUGUAAAAUGUUUAGUAAAUUAUAAGAAUGUUAGCAAUAGUAUUAUUUCUGAAAGUUAAUCAAUUGUGUGAAAAUCGGAUGGCUGUACGAAAGUAAGUAAUAUAGAUAACUGUAGCGCUGUUGGAAAUUAUUUUGAGAACAACAGACUGAUGGUGACUAAAGUGACUCUCUUGAUGGCAUAGUAUUUUAAUUUUUCUUUUAGCUGUUCAUUCAUCAAAGAAUAAAUCACUAUUCUUUAAAUAUUGUGUGAAAACUAGAUUUCUGAAAUUUUAGUAUGAUAAGCAGUGUGUCAGGAAAAGACUGGGACGAACCUAUAGCUAUAGUAUUUGGAGCUCUUGAGUGAAAAAGAAGUGGGCAAUUAGUUUGAUGGAAGAUUCAAAUGUACCUGUAUUGUGCAAACUUUGGUGGAGCUUUUUCAAGUCAUUAUCAAUUCAGACAUUUCUGAACAUCUUUGAUCUUAAAUAGUAAUAAUCUACUUAUAAUUUAUUAAAAGCCUGUAAUUUUGUAUGUAUGCUGUAGAGUACAUAAAAGGAGGAUUUGAAUGUUACAGAAUGUGAAUGAAUUUGUGAAUAAGACUUUGUAGUUAUAACAAUGUGAAUUUGGGAAAUGUCAUCAUAGUGAACAAAAUCUUUGCAUGAUGCCAGAAGAAAGUUUUAUCAAUAUUGUGUAUAUGAACAUGAAAUUGUGCAACUAAUUUGUACUAUGAGAACCCUUAGAGAUACACAAACUCUGUGAAAUAAAAAGUAUGUUUCCUAAUUAACCAUUGGAAAUUUUAUAUUAAGUUUGUAUUGCUUUUACCUGUAAAUGUUAUUGGAAUCCCAACAAAAUAGGAGUCCCCAAAAUUAAA